AGCCUGGCAACCAUCGCAGAGGUGAGUAGUGUGUCCCUGCUGACCCCACAGGCUGAGCCCUGCUGCUGUUGGAUCCAUUCCUGGGAAAUGGAAUUCUGUUGCUCUAAGGUCCUCCGCGGGCGAAGAACAAAGCUACAGGACACCAGAAACCCCAUGAGCCAUCCGAAAACAUGAGGCAAAUGCUGAAGGAAAUGCAGCAGGCAGGAGAAGCUGAGGUUGCUCAGAAGGCUUCUCCAUUAGCUUGGCUGCAUAAAGUUUUGAAGCCCUUGGAGUCUCCUGCAGGUGUGUCUGCAGGGAGGACUUCUCCAGCUCCUUUGCUGAUUCCUACAAAGAAGACUGGCUCCCAUGGCAGGGGUCCUCUGAGAAGGAAGAACAAAGGCAAAGGACAGAAGAAACCCCACGAGCCAAACAACAUCCUGAAACACAUCGUGACAGAACUGCACAAAGGGCAUGGUGUGUCUGCAGGGAGGACUUCUCCAGCUCCUUUGCUGAUUCCUACACAGAAGCCUGGUUCCCAUCGCAGGGAUUGGGAUCGUGACAUGGAUUCCAUGCUUGUCUUUCUGGAUGAGAGUGUGAAGACCUCGGCAGAUGGUGGAGCUAACCCGGUUGGUGAAAGUGAUCUGGCUUCCCAACCCACAUUCAGGAUUGAGCCUCUGGGAGAUGCUGAGGGUGUGUCUGCAGGGAGGACUUUCCCAGGUCCAUUGGUGGAUGUUGCACGCAGGACCAGCUCCCUUCGCAGGGGUCCCCUGAGAAUGGAGAACAAACCUAGAGGAGACACUAAGUCCCUGGAGGCAUCCAAACACAUGGAGGAGAUGCCGAGUGAUCUGGAGAGACGCCAUGAUGCAGCCAGCACCACAAAACAUGCUGACAACAUCGGGAAGAGCACAAGAGUUUUCUGCUGGGUAACACCAUGUUUGAAGAAGUUGAUGGCCAUUGUGGCUGGUGCGGCACUGUGCCUGAUGAUGUGCUAUGCCGCAAUCUGGUAUUGCUGGAAGAGAAACUGGAGCACCUCUGGACAGGAGUUUAAAGACGGUGGCUGCACCUUACUCCCAGACAGUUUGAGCUGCUCCUCUGGCCGUCAUAAGGGCCUGGACAGCCCUUUCACCUGUUCUGUGUAGGGAACCGAAGAUCAGCCAUCUACAAGGAAACCUCCUACUACCCUGUAGAUCCCACUGCCACCUGCUCUCCCCAUAGGUCUCCCCAGCAUGACUUCAUCCCUUUUUUGAUCUCCCUGCAUCCCAUCCCCGCCAAUUCUCAAGUUCUUCUGGAGACCCCAGGAGCAGCCCAGCACCCUCCAGCCCCUCCUGAGACCAACACAUCCCUUCCUCUGCCCCUGAGCUCCCUGGCCUUGCCCUCUAAACAACACUGGAGUUAAGCCCUGCUGCCCUGCCAGGGUAGGCGAUGGCCCAGCUCUUCUCUUGCACUACAGAGAUGGAGCUGUCACCCCAGUGUCUGGGUGGUAGCAGCAGCAAAG